AUCUUUGGCACUGAUUGAUUUGACAUUGUCGUGACAUUUUACAUAUUUACAAAGAAAAAAAAAUUGUGAAAACUGCAGAACGCAAACCUCGAAUUUUAUCUGCAAAUUACUAAAUAUUUACAAACAUUGGGAACAAAAUAAUAUCAAAAUCUAAGAAGGACGGAAAAGACAACUCGCCUAAAGAGGAUUCAAUUCAAUUUAGGUUUUAUUAAAAUGCUAAAGACUGCAUCAGGAGAUAUAUAAUAGAUCGGAAGAAGAUCAGUGGGAAAUACUAUUUAAAUUAUCUGUGGGUGUAAAUUCGACAAAUACUCACCAACAACUACAGCAAAAUGCGUUCUCGCAGCAAUUCGGGCGUACGCCUGGACUACUACCAACGUGUAGUCCAUCGCUUGAUUAUGUCCCAUCAGGAACCGGUGACUGGGCUGUUUCCUGCUUCGAAUGUCAACUCUCAUGCUUGGAUAAGAGAUAAUGUUUAUUGCAUAUUAGCUGUUUGGGGUCUCUCAAUGGCAUAUAAAAAAAUUGCCGAUCAGGAUGAAGAUCGGGCAAAGUGUUAUGAAUUGGAACAAAGCUGUGUUAAGCUUAUGCGCGGCCUUCUUAUGGCCAUGAUGAAUCAAAAGGAUAAAGUAGAAAAAUUCAAAAUAACACAAAAUCCUUUGGACUCUUUGCAUGCUAAAUACAGUAGUAGCAAUGGCCAACCCGUGGUGGGUGAUAGUGAAUGGGGUCAUUUGCAAAUUGAUGCUGUGUCCUUAUACCUCCUGAUUUUGGCCCAAAUGACAGCUUCGGGCUUGCAAAUCGUUUUCUCUUUGGACGAAGUGUCUUUUAUACAGAAUUUGGUAUUCUACAUUGAAUCAGCCUACUGUAUUCCCGACUAUGGCAUUUGGGAAAGAGGUGAUAAAACUAAUCAUGGUGAACCCGAACUUAAUGCCAGUUCAAUUGGUAUGGCUAAAGCUGCUCUAGAAGCAAUGAAUGAAUUGGACUUAUUCGGUGCACGUGGAGGUCCGGCUAGUGUCAUACAUGUGCUGGCUGACGAGGCUCAUAAAUGUCAAGCUGUAUUGCAAUCAAUGUUGCCUCGUGAAUCGAAUAGUAAGGAGUUGGAUUCUGGUCUUUUGUGUGUAAUUGGUUUUCCAGCAUUUGCUGUUGAUGAUCCACAUCUUAUACGUAACACCAAAGACGCCAUACUACAGCGUUUGCAGGGUAAAUAUGGUUGCAAACGUUUUCUACGUGAUGGUUAUCGCACGCCCAAAGAGGACCCCACACGAUUGUAUUACGAAAGAUGGGAAUUGCGUAUGUUUGAAAAUAUUGAAUGCGAAUGGCCGUUAUUCUAUUGCUAUUUGAUAUUGUUUCAUGCAUUUCAAAAUGACAAGCUGUCUGUAAAAGAGUAUGCAGAUCGUUUGGAGAAAAUUAUGGUGCGUGGUGAUGAUGGUAUUCUAUUGGUUCCUGAAAGUUAUGCUGUGCCCCCAGAUGCUGUAUCACAGGAAUAUAGGCAUCCUGGCUCAGCGCCAAGAGAAGUAGUGGGCCGUUGUCCAUUCCUAUGGGGCCAAUCAUUGUUUAUUUUAGGAAGACUUUUACAAGAGGGUUUUCUUGCUGUUGGUGAAUUGGAUCCUUUGAAUCGUCGUUUGGGGGCUCAAAAGAAACCAGAUGUGGUUGUGCAAGUUGUCAUUAUAGCCGAAGACAACGAAAUACGCGAUAAGUUAGCAGAGUCUGAUUUACAUGUACAGACCAUUGCCGAAGUGGCACCCAUAGAGGUGCAACCAGCUCGAGUUCUAAGUCAUUUGUACACCUAUUUGGGAAGAAACCGUAAAUUGGGCUUAACCGGACGCAAAUCACGUGAUGUGGGUAUAUUGAGUACAAGUAAAUUGUACUCGCUGAAAAAUAGAAUAUUUGCCUUUACACCACAGCAUAUCGAUUAUGAAGAAUAUUAUACCACACGUGAUCCCGACUUGCUUGCAAGUAAUUUCACCACCAAUUUAGCUUUCCUAACAAACAAUUGGCGUCAUAUGUUAGGAAGACCUACUAUAACCCUAAUGGCCACACAUUAUAUGCUAGACCAAGAUAAAAUACCCUUGGCCAUGAUACAAACAAUGCGUAAAUUGAAAUCCGGUUACAUAAAUGGCACCCGAGUAAUGUUGGGCAAUUUAAAAGAUUUUCUCAAUACAUCCGCCAUUACGGACUUAAGUUUUUUGGGUAGCACUGAAGAUGGUUACCCAGAUCGUUUGCAUCCAGAUGUUCAGGCCUAUUUAGAUGAACAUUUGUUGCGUUCAUUUAGCCAUCGUAGCAGUAUGAUGAAUUUGAGAGGUGGCCAUCUACGACCUAGACAGUUGAGAAGACGUAUGUCAUGCAAGGGCGCUAUAAAGAAAACAAGAUCAAUUAAUGUGGACACCGAUACUUUGGGCAUGGAAGGCCCUACCCCUUUAACCGAAAGACGGCUUUCAUCUGUUAUUGCUCCACCAUGGUUGCAGGCCAACAAACAGGCACAUCACAGCGUUUUUGCUACCACACCUGAGGAAGGCUCUAACAAUCACAGCUCAUCAAACGUAUUGAUCAGGGAAAAUAUAUAUCCCAUUGAUAUUAAUCACAGCCGCUCAUCUUUGGAAAAACGCAGUGAGUUUAAUAGAUAUUCGGAAUUACAAAAUGUUCCCAAAAUUCUUGUUCAACGCCAUCGUCCGGAAACAAAUUUCGCCGACACAGAGGUUGAGGAGUUAAUUGCAAUGUUGCGGGAAACAGAAAAUCUUGAGGAACAAGGUGAUAUUUUGCAAUAUUUGGUGGAUACCCAAGGAUUGGAUUUCAAUACAGCCGGCUUAGGACUUAAAAGUAAAUCAUCUUCUUCUUCUUCGCCUGAAAUUGAUAGCACACUUUUGGAAGAAGCACUUGUAUAUGAAACUGCUAUGAAAAAUCCUUUGUUUGCCAAACCUCCUUUGCCUCCUUCUGUGAUGGUUGAAGGAGGCUCCGCUUCCCAUAAUGCUACUAUUAAUUUAUCUCAAUCUGAAGGAAUGCUGGAAGAAGGUCGUGUAGUCACCGUACGCGAUCUACUAAAAGGCCUCUAUGAAAAGGCUUGUCAACAAAAGCUAUGGGGUCUGGUGCGUCACACAGCUGGCAUGUUGGGUAAACGUGUCGAGGACUUGGCCAAGGCUGUUACCGAUUUGUUGGUACGCCAGAAGCAGGUAACAGUUGGCAUGCCGCCAAAUAAUGAAUAUACUAUAACAGCACCUUUGCCGGAAGCUGAUCUAAGGCAAUUGAUACAUGAUGCCUAUGGUGAUGAUGAGAGUACAGCCAUGUUAACUCAAGAACUAAUGGUCUAUUUGGCCAUGUUUAUACGCACAGAGCCCCAACUCUUCCAUGAGAUGUUACGUUUGCGUGUUGGUCUUAUUAUUCAAGUUAUGGCCAAAGAAUUAUCGCGCACCCUUAAUUGUGAUGGUGAAGCUGCUUCCGAACAUUUGUUGAAUCUAUCUCCAUUCGAAAUGAAAAACCUCCUAUAUCACAUUUUAAGUGGCAAGGAGUUUGCAGUUAGCAGUGUUGCUCGUGGAAAUCUCUCCAUUGUUAGUUGCAAAUCGAGUCGUGUAAGUAAGAAAUCUCAAAUUGGUUUGGGUGAUCCCGAAGGUGAGGAUGCCAUUAUUGCCACUAUUGAUGAUCGACAAGGUCAAUGGUUGCGCCGCCGACGUUUGGAUGGUGCUUUAAAUCGUGUGCCCCGUGAUUUCUAUUCUCGUGUCUGGAGUGUUUUGGAAAAAUGCCAAGGUUUGGCUAUUGAAGGUCGUAUAUUGCAACAAAGUUUAACUCAAGAAAUGACUCCUGGAGAGUUGAAAUUUGCUUUGGAAGUUGAGACGGCUCUAAAUCAAAUUCCCCAACCAGAAUAUCGUCAAUUGGUGGUGGAGGCCCUAAUGGUGUUAACUCUCGUCACCGAGCACAAUUUAGUACCCAAUCUGGGAAAUGUUAUCUAUGUCGAGCAUUUGGUUCACAAGGCAAAUCAACUAUUUCUGGAAGAUCAACGCAAAGUGCAAGGUGAUGCCACUCUAUGUUGUGCCAAGUCAAAGGAUGGAAAAGAACAGCAUCAAGCAGCUUCGGGCAUGUUGCUUUGUGGUGGAGCUGCUUACAUUUGCCAGCAUUUAUACGACAGUGCCCCAAGUGGCAGUUUUGGCACCAUGACAUAUAUGGCACGAGCUGUGGCCUUAGUUUUGGAUUGUGUUCCUAAACAUGGCGAAAUGGAAUGUUCAAUUUCCUAACUUAAUUGUUUAUUAAAUUAUUUUAAUAGGUUAGUUUUGUUGUUUUUUUUUGCUGAAUGUUGAACUUUAAUUCGCACAUCGUACAUCCGGUAACUCGAAUUUUUUUAUGUUAAAAUUUAUAUAUAAGCUAAAUGUUUGUACGUAAAAAUAUGCAUACCUUAAAGUAAAGGCAGACCGUCCUAAAUCGAACUACUUCCUUGUAUGAUGAAAAGUUAUAUUGUCCGCAAGUAAACUGUGUUUUAAAAAAUUUUAUAAUUUGGUCAUAGAAAUUUUAUCUACGUUAUUGGAAAAUAUCUCUAAAUUAAGAAAUAAAACUAUGAAAUCAUAAUAACUUAAA